GAACACAAAUCCACCCACAGGGUGUAAGUGAGAAGCCAUCACAACAUGAGCUAGGAGAGGCUUCUCAAGAAGAUCCUGCUUACUCAAAAAAUCUUUCUUCUUCUUUUCUUUUGUUUUCUUUUUUUAAUUGAGAAGCUAAGUGUUUGCCAUUUUUAAAUUUCUUAUUUUGUUUAAAGGGAAACCACUUGCCUUGAAAAUGAGACUAAAUAUUGCCAUCUUCUUUGGGGCUCUCUUUGGUGCUUUGGGGGUUUUACUCUUUUUGGUGGCCUUUGGAUCGGAUUAUUGGCUUCUUGCAACUGAAGUGGGGAAGUGUUCAGGUGAACAGAAUAUAGAGAACAUCACUUUCCACCAUGAAGGAUUCUUCUGGAGAUGUUGGUUUAAUGGGAUUGUGGAAGAGAAUGAUUCCAGUAUCUGGAAGUUCUGGUACACCAAUCAGCCAGCAUCCAAGAACUGUGCACAUGCUUACCUGUCACCAUAUCCCUUUAUGAGGGGAGAGCACAACUCAACCUCCUAUGAUUCUGCUAUUAUUUACCGUGGUUUCUGGGCAGUCCUGAUGCUUCUGGGAGUCGUCACCGUGGUGACUGCAAGCUUUCUGAUCAUCUGUGCAGCUCCCUUUGCAAGCCACGUUCUCUAUAAAGCCGGUGGAGGUGGUUACCUUGCUGCAGGCAUCCUGUUUUCCCUGGUGGUGAUGCUGUAUGUCAUCUGGAUCCAGGCAGUGGCUGACAUGGAAGACUACAAAAACAUGAAAAUGAGAGACUGCUUGGAGUUCGCCCCUUCUGUUGUCUAUGGCUGGUCAUUUUUCCUGGCCCCGGCAGGGAUAUUUUUUUCUUUGCUAGCUGGAUUACUGUUUCUAGUUAUUGGGCGGCAUAUACAGAUACAUCACUAAUCAAAUCGUUGCCACCAGCCUUUUCUUGAGAGAUUUUAAAACCGAGAAUUUCUUUUUCAUUUCGUUUUGGUGACCCCAGCAUAGAAUUAGACUAGUUGAGCUGGUAUUUGAAUUUUGCUUUUACAUUUUGCUUGUGAUUUCCUCUGAUAGGAAGGUCCUAGAAUAUUUCUGGACAUCCACAUGUUUCUAUCCUCUGUAGGUGCUAUCAAGAACCUAGUUCUCUUAGGAGCAGGUAAGAUGGGCCUCCCUCUCACUGCACCUGUUAGAGCUCAUGCAGGUUACAAAGGCCUGAUAAUAGCAUAAUAUCACCCCCUGGGCCAGUGAAGCUUUGACUUAAAACUUCCUUCUUGGCACUCACUUCCGCUGAUAAAAACAAAACAAAAACAAAAACAAAACAAAACAAAACAAACAAAAAAACAAAAAACGUUGGAGAAUAAUUAAAAUGGAAAACAAGUGUUGUCAGAGAACUUCCUCCAUUUCCUCUCCACACACAUGCAUCUCCACAUAUGCAUUACUGAGUCCUGUAAACCAAUUAUUUCUAACUUAAAAAUAGAUAGCAGUGUGCUUGUGGCAAGAACCAGGCAGACCCAUCGGUUCAAGUGGGCCACAACCAGACUGAGGACGCGUACCUUAUUCCACUCUCCAGCCAACAGGACUUUGGUCACCUAAUCGUACUCCCUUAAUUGUGCGUCCUUAUAUAAACCUUAAACUGUGUUUAAAAGUGACUCAUCUGUACACCAAAUUACAUUUAAUGUAGAAUGGAUUGUUAGGAGCUCAGUGGAUUAAUUGAAAAUACGUAAAAAUAAGGCACCUUAGCUUAGUACUUCAUUCUGUUUCAUAUUUUAAAAUCCCCCCUUAAAAUUAUAUGCUAAUAUGUUCAGCAUGUGAAAAUUUAUUGAUGAAAUGUGCUUUUAAUAUGCACUAGCUAUAAACUUUCAAAAUAUUUCCAUAUGAAAUGAUAAUAGCCUUGCUUUAUUAAAGACUAUGAAAUAUUAACUUUUCCCAAGAUUUUAUGGUAGUUCUUUUGAUAAUUUGAUUCCCUUUAUUAUUGUCUCUCAGUUUCUUCAUCUUUACAACAGGUAUUUUAACAUUUACAGAUACACUAGUUUCUUCCUUUAAUCUCUUGGAAGAAAACUUGGUGCUGGUUGGUGGAUAAUUCUUUCUUAUUUGCUAGUGUAGACAUGCAGACAUUUUGCAUAUCAAAGAUGUUUGUUUGGCACUAAUUUUGAUUGAAAUCAAAUCCAUCUGAGAAGCCCACACUGCAUUUGCAUUUUGGAAACCUCCCCGGAGGAGCAGUUUGGUGUUGAUGAGGGAACAGAGAACCUGCAUGGUAUGCGAGCUUUGUUCUGGGCACAGCAUUUUACUUUGCAGCUGUCGUGAAUACCUAAGGCAGGACUCAGAGGAAAAUUAACAGUGACCACCUAGAAGACGCUAGGGGAAGAGGGGCUAUUGCUUUCCUUCCAGCCGUUCCCCUGAUGGAGAGAUUGCCUGUCUUCUGGACACAUCUGUACCUUCCAUUAACCUGUUUCCGCGGGAGGGAUUUCGAAUAGCCACGCUCUGAGCUAUCUGCAGAAUCUUGAGGGCAUUUUAGUGUUUAGGGACAGAGAGGAUGAGCAUGUGAUAAAAACAAAACACAAAAAUAUAAGACAAAAAACAAAAGCUUCAGGGGUUUCACUGGUUUCUCAAGCCAUCUGAGUUAUAAACGUUUUUUGUGGUACUCUCCUUUGUCUUUUUCUGUUUUCAUUUUUAUAUUGCUCCACUUACUUCUUUGCUUUUGGCUUGAUUAUUAGAAAAAUAAUUAUGGGUUCUGUUAUGCAUAUUUACUGUGAUAUUAAGUUAUGGCAUGCCAUUGAGUUUUCCAGACGAUGCUAGAUGUAUUUGAUUAGUUCAUGUCAUCUGUAAAUACAAUUCCUUUUUGUAGAACUUUGGAAUGGAGCCUUUUUUCUGGUGUAUUAUAUGUCAUUUAAAUUUCACAUACAAGCUGCUUUCAGUAAAGGUUUGAAUAUUUAUAAAUUUCA